ACCUAUUCUGUCAUAAUGGUUACAUCAAGCUCUGUUUUAAUUUAUGUAUUUGUAAUAUUUAAUAUUAUUUAUAAUGCCAAUUCUAAGCCCCAUGGCGAGGAACCAUACGUGUUAUAUUCUAGAGAAGACUGGGGUGGCGUACCACCAACGUAUGUACAGCCCUUACAAGCGCCGGUACCAUACGUAAUCAUACACCACACUUACAUUCCCGGUGCUUGUAACACCACAGAGCAAUGUGCUGCUGCCAUGAGAUCCAUGCAGAAUUAUCACAUUUCAUUAGAUUGGGGCGACAUUGGAUACCAUUUUUGCGUGGGUAGCGAAGGCGGAGUUUAUGAAGGAAGAGGAUGGCAAACGUUAGGCAUUCACGCGGGACCUGCAAACAAGUUUAGUGUGGGAAUAUGUCUUAUUGGAGACUGGAGAGCGGAGCAGCCACCUAAAAAGAUGUUAAAAGCAGCACAAGCUCUUAUUAAAACUGGAAUCCGCAACGGAGCGAUUAGCCCCGACUACAAGUUAAAGGGGCACAGUCAAGUCAUGGCAACCGAGUGUCCGGGGACAGCUCUACUUAAUAUCAUAUCAAAAUGGGAUCACUUCUCGGAAGGCAAAUUUAUUAAGCCACAGAUAUAAAUUUGUAAAUUUGACAAGUAUUUUAAAUUAAAUGUUAUGUUGUAGUAAGUUUUAGUUUAAGCGUGAUUUUUUAUUUAUUUCGUAUCUAGUCUUUAGUAACUUAUUAAUAUAAUAAUAAUAUCUAAUAAAGAUUUUAAAUUUU